AUGUCGGGGAAGGUGUGGGCCUCCCACAUAAACCAUGCCGUGCGAGGUCUCAGUCAGCCCACCGCUUAUGGAAAACGAAUGGAUCGACUCUCAAAUCGAAUCUUCAAUGAGGUAAACUUAUUUUGUAUUUUUUUUUUGUGAUUUAGGUUUCAAUAACAUGUACAACUGGCCAAACAAUUAUGAAAUUAAUCAAAUUUUGUAAUUGUUUGUCUGGUGAUAUAAACAUGUUUUAAUUAUCCAAUUUCGGUCCAAACGUAACCAAUGUCUAUUUGAUUAUAGGUGGUUCGACCAACAGACACGAAAUCUAUGAAGGUGGUUCGAGUAAUGUCAGCGCUGCCUCGCGAACAACAUCCCGAAAAGGAUACCGAAUAUCACCCCAACUUGCCUAUGUUUCACUAUCUCACAAAAAUGCUCCGGUUUCACGGUCUUUUCUUCGAUGAACAUGUUGUUUGGAGAGAAGUCCAGAACCAGUUGAAGAUCCUUAGAGGAAAGACGGUCUUUCCUGUAAUAGGACAGGGAAAGAGGGCCCAGAUUCGAUCCAAGAAAUAG